UUCGUGGAGGCUGACAAGUCCGUCGAGGAUUGCAGCAACUGCGGGAAACGGCGAAGAAAAUCUGUUAUUGAGGAGAAACACAUUGUAACGGGGCCAAAGGUGACCUUCCAAGAAAAGCAAAAAUGGUCAUACACUCUGGUGUUGCUGUCGCUGGUUUUUCCCAUGCCCGAGGUCAUCACCUAUCAAUUGUUGUAUGAUCUGCGGAGAAUCACACGGCCUCAUUGUCAACGGGGUAACAUACUGGAGUGGUGUGGUCAGUGUCAUAAAACAGGCGACUUAAGUGGAAAGAGUGGUAUUUCAGGGAACCACUCCCCAAUGUCCGACGGAACUAACAUGUACAUUGAAAAUUCGGCGAUGAAGAAGAGUGCGGACGACGGGGUCGAUAGGUCCCUGGGUGUGAGCUGUUGGCCGAAGGAGACUGCACUUGCUAUG